CCGCCUCACACAGCCGCGCAGACACUCCGCACGCGGGGAAAAGACAGUGUGCGGUGCGGGGCUUCGGGCUGCUCGCUGGGGCUGCAUGGAGAGGAGCGUUAGAGCCGCGUUUUCCUUUCUUUUCUGACGUCUUUUAAAGGUGUAUGGAGUAUAGCGGGUAGUGUGACAGCCCGGGGACGCCAUCCAGCACGAGAUGUUCACACUUACAGAAGUCGCCUCACUUAAUGACGUCCAGCCGACCUAUCGGAUACUGAAGCCAUGGUGGGACGUCUUUAUGGACUAUCUCGGGCUGGUCAUGCUGAUGUUGGCCAUUUUCGCUGGGACUAUGCAGAUUACCAAAGAUCAAGUGGCGUGUCUUCCCUUUCUGGAAGAGAGGUCUAAGAUAGAGAGUACAACCCCCUACACUACACAUGGCUCAAUGUACACUUCCACGUCAUCACUGGGCACCGCCCCCUUGGCCACUCAGGAUCUUCCUGACAGCGUUGUGCAUGAACUGCAUCACACUGAACCCACUACUCCAGCUAGAAGCCAAAGUAUCAUGACCGCAACAGAACCUCAACCCAAGGGCCGCAGAACAAACCUGGACUACCAGCAGUACAUUUUCGUCAACCAGAUGUGUUACCACGUUGCUUUACCUUGGUAUUCCAAGUACUUUCCCUAUCUUGUCCUCAUACACACCAUACUGUUGAUGGUGAGCAGCAAUUUUUGGUUCAAGUACCCCAAGACCAGCUCAAAGAUCGAACACUUUGUGUCCAUCCUGGGAAGGUGUUUCGAAUCACCUUGGACGACGAAAGCACUUUCUGAAACAGCCUGCGAAGACUCGGAAGAAAGCAAGCAAAGAAUCAUUGCAGGCCAGACCUCGUCCAAGCAAGUUUCCACUGACAGCCAGGAGGAGGCCACCAGCCCGACGUCACCAAUGCUGAUAAACACCGAAGUGACGUUUUCUACCGAGAGAAUGGUUCCCGAAGGCCAAAGCUUGACCAUUUUGGACAAAAAAGAUGGCGAGCAAGCGAAGGCUCUUUUCGAGAAGGUGCGAACCUUUCGAGCUCACGUAGAAGACAGCGACUUUAUCUAUAACCUCUAUGUGGCGCAAACAUCUGUCAAAGCACUAAAGCUCAUCUUCAUCCUGUGCUAUACAUCCACUUUCACCAGCGAGAUCAAAUUCAAACACGUUUGCAAGCCAGAGAUCGAACACCUAACUGGAUACGAUGAAUUCUUCUGCACUCACAACAUGGCAUUCAUGUUAAGGAAGCUACUCUUCACCUUCAUGGCGAUCAUCAGCCUUUACGGACUAGUGUGCAUGUAUGCUCUUUUCUGGCUGUUUCGGCGACCACUCAAGGAGUACUCUUUUGAAAAAGUGCGUGAGGAAAGCAGCUUUAGCGAUAUACCUGACGUCAAGAAUGACUUCGCCUUUCUCCUGCAUAUGGUCGACCAGUACGACCAGUUGCACUCCAAACGAUUUGGUGUUUUCCUGUCUGAGGUCAGCGAGAACAAACUGCGGGAAAUUAGCCUCAAUCACGAAUGGACGUUCGAGAAACUUCGGCAGCACGUGACUUCCAACAAUCAGGACAAACAGGAGCUGCAUCUGUUCAUGCUGCCUGGACUCCCCAAUGCUGUGUUUGACAUCACUGAGCUUGAAAUCCUCAAGUUAGAGCUUAUCCCCGAGGUCAGAAUCUCAGCCAAGAUUUCCCAAAUGAUAAAUCUGCAGGAACUGCACUUAUAUCACUCUCCUGCAAAGGUCGAGCACACGGCUUUCACCUUCCUUCGAGAUCACCUGAAGUGCCUUCACGUAAAGUUUACAGAUGUCGCCGAAAUCCCUCCGUGGCUAUAUCUCUUGAGGAGCCUCAGGGAACUGUACCUUGUCGGCGGUCUAAGCUCAGAGCACAACAAAAUGAUUGGCUUGGAAUCCCUCAAGGAAUUGAGACACCUGAAGAUGUUAUACCUCAAGAGCAAUCUCAACAAAAUUCCGACAAACCUUGCGGAACUCUCGCCACAUCUCGUCAAACUGGUGGUGCACAAUGACGGGACUAAAGUGGUGGUUCUCAACAGUCUUAAGAAGAUGGCGAACCUUGUUGAGUUGGAGCUCCAUAACUGCGAUCUUGAGAGGAUCCCCCAUGCUAUUUUCAGCUUGAUUAAUCUUCAAGAGCUGGAUCUCAAAUCCAACAGCAUUCGGACCAUCGAAGAGAUCAUCAGCUUUCAGCACCUGAAGAGACUCACCUGCCUGAAGCUUUGGCACAACAGGAUUAUCGCUAUUCCCCAAUCUAUAAGCCAUGUGAAGAACAUCGAGAUCCUUCACCUCUCCUACAAUAAACUGGAAACCCUUCCAGCGGCCCUCUUCUACCUCCCCAAACUCAGGCACCUGGAUCUUAGCCACAAUUCCAUUUCGUUGAUUCCAAAUGAGGUUGGACUUCUCCAGAGCCUGCAGUACUUUGAUAUAACAGACAAUAAAGUAGAGAUUCUUCCCAAACAACUGUUCAGGUGUACCAAAUUAAGAGUUCUCUGUCUGGGAAACAACGGCAUCACCGUCUUACCAGAGGCUGUUGGGCAAUUGACUCAGCUCACCCAGCUUGAGCUAAAAGGGAACUGUCUUGGUCACCUUCCGUUUCAGCUCAGCCAGUGUCAACACCUCAAGAGAAACCUCUUCGUUGUGGAGGAACAUCUUUUUGACACUCUUCCGCUUGAGACAAGAGAGAGUAUGAGUACAGAUAACAAUGUUACAAUCUGAGCUCCAACUGUUUAGAAACACUGAGCAAACCUUGAGAGGACAUUUCAUAGAAAUGUUUUCCAUCUCGUUUUGAUGAGUGACUUUAACAGAACACUGUAUCACAGCUGUCGUAUGAAAACCUUGACACCACGCUGCCUUAAAUCACCAGUCGUCCUUCUCGUUUUGUGGACAUUUGUGGACAUUGUGGUCUGCCAAAUGUAAUGUAAAAACAUUUCAUGAUGAAUGAAUAAAGAGGAACGGUCCAGCAUUACAUUUUGUUACCUGGAUUUUAUGCUAAAGUUCAGAAUGAUUUGUGCCCCUCUUAAAGUUUCCGUUGUGGAGAUCAAAUUUUUUCAUGGCCCUGAUGAUACAGACAUAUCAUUGACAAUGUUAAUUUCUGUGAUAAAUUAAAGUGAAAGUACCACA